CUCUCUCUCUCUAAAACGCGGGAUUUUCUGACUCGCAUCUCACACGAUUCACUCCACUUUCUUUCAAAACUUUCUCGCUCUUUCUUUCAAAUUUGCUCGGAAAAUUUCACUCCAGGAGUUCAAUGGCUGCGACCCUUUGAGGCUUGGGAUGUGAAAAUGGCGGCUUCGGGUGGUUACAGAAAUGGAACUCACAAGGGCAAUAUGAAGGUGGAUAGGCUGGUCUCCCUCAGUUCCGCCACCAAGUCUUCCUCUCUCAAGUCCAAGCCUUCCCCAGCGUCGCCCGCUUCUUCUGGGCUCCGCCGCAACAGCACCGGCUCUGUCGGUGGAGCAAAGGACGAUGCUGGAGUUCCUGGGAGGGUUCGAGUAGCUGUAAGAUUGCGACCGCGGAAUGCAGAGGAGUCGGUGGCUGAUGCUGAUUUUGCUGAUUGUGUAGAAUUGCAGCCAGAGCUUAAAAGGUUAAAACUUCGAAAGAACAAUUGGGACUCAGACACCUAUGAGUUCGAUGAAGUGCUUACAGAGUUUGCAUCACAAAAACGUGUAUAUGAAGUUGUUGCGAAACCUGUUGUGGAGAGUGUUUUGGAUGGUUACAAUGGAACAGUCAUGGCAUAUGGACAGACUGGUACUGGGAAAACAUACACACUUGGGCGACUUGGAGAGGAAGAUACUGCUGCGCGUGGAAUAAUGGUGCGUGCAAUGGAGGAUAUUUUAGCAGAAAUUUCUCCAGAGACUGAUUCUGUCUCAGUCUCCUAUUUGCAGCUUUAUAUGGAAACCAUUCAGGACCUCCUUGAUCCUACUAAUGACAACAUAUCUAUCAUGGAAGACCCGAAAACUGGAGAUGUUUCACUACCAGGGGCCACCCUAGUAGAAAUCAGGGACCAGCGGAGUUUUGUGGAACUGCUACGGUUAGGGGAAGCUCACCGCUUUGCUGCAAACACAAAAUUGAAUACCGAAUCAUCUCGUAGUCAUGCUAUUUUGAUGGUACAUGUUAAGAAAUCUGUAAAGGGAAGGGAUUCAGCUCUUUUAAGUGAAAAUUGUAACAGUUCCCACAUGGUUAAAACUUUUAAGCCACCUGUUGUUCGGAAAGGGAAGUUGGUUGUGGUAGAUCUUGCAGGUUCAGAGCGUAUUGAUAAGUCAGGAAGUGAGGGACAUACAUUAGAGGAAGCCAAGUCUAUUAAUCUUUCUUUAAGUGCUUUGGGAAAGUGUAUUAAUGCACUGGCAGAGAAUAGUGCACAUGUCCCGGUUCGUGAUUCAAAACUUACAAGAUUGCUUCGAGAUUCAUUUGGAGGCACUGCAAGGACUUCAUUGGUUGUCACUAUUGGUCCAUCCCCACGUCAUCGUGGAGAGACAUCAAGCACCAUCAUGUUUGGACAAAGGGCUAUGAAGGUGGAGAAUAUGUUGAAAAUAAAGGAAGAGUUUGAUUAUAAAAGUUUGUCUAGAAGGCUUGAGAUUCAAUUAGACAAACUCAUUGUGGAACAUGAAAGGCAGCAAAAAGCAUUUGAAGAUGAGGUUGAAAGGAUAACUGUAGAAACACAAAAUCAUAUAUCUGAAACUGAAAGAAACUAUGCUGAUGCAUUGGAGAAAGAAAGAUUGAAAUAUCAGGAAGACUACAUGCAAUCAAUAAAGAAGCUUGAGGAGCAAUGGGUGAUGAAUCAGCGGAAGCAUGGCAGUGAAAGAACCACAUUUGGGCUCAAAGAUGAUAACUUUGAUAAGACACUUAAUGGAGUGGUUCCUGUGGCAUCUGCUGCUGAAGAAAUAGCAGAGCUCAAAAAAUUGCUUCAGAAUGAGACUUCUUUAAGAACAGCUACUGAAGAGGAAGUCAAUAACCUUAAGAGCCAAGUAGUUCAGUGGAAAAGGAUUGAGGCAGCAGGAAAUUCUGAGAUAUUAAAACUUCGCAAGAUGCUGGAAGAUGAGGCACACCAAAAAGAGAAACUUGAAGAAGAAAUUGCAAUACUGCAAAGUCAGUUGUUUCAAUUAAGUUUUGAAGCUGAUGAGACAAGCAGACAACUUGACAGAGGUGGAUCUGGGAAAGUUCUUGGAAAUCUGGAUUCUUUCGUGUCACAAAUUAGGCAUUCACAGCUUAGUGAUUCAGGAAAUGGGGAUAAGGCCUCAAUAGCCAAACUCUUCGAACAAGUGGGAUUGCAAAAGAUCUUGUCAUUGCUUGAAGCUGAAGAUGCUGAUGUGCGAAUUCAUGCUGUAAAAGUGGUAGCAAAUCUUGCCGCCGAAGAAACAAAUCAAGAGAAGAUUGUAGAGGCUGGUGGUCUUUCAUCCUUACUGAUGCUUCUUAGAAGCUCUGAGGAUGAGACUAUACAGAGAGUUGCAGCAGGUGCAAUUGCGAACCUUGCAAUGAAUGAAACCAACCAAGAGCUUAUAAUGUCUCAAGGAGGCAUUAGUUUAUUGUCAAUCACUGCAACCCAUGCUGAGGAUCCUCAAACCCUGCGCAUGGUUGCUGGAGCUAUUGCUAAUCUCUGUGGCAAUGAUAAGUUACAGAUAAAGCUAAGAGGCGAAGGUGGUAUUAAGGCAUUGCUAGGAAUGGUCAGAUGUGGACAUCCUGAUGUUCUUGCACAAGUUGCUCGUGGAAUUGCAAACUUUGCAAAAUGUGAGUCCAGGGCAUCAAGUCAAGGAACCAAGAGUGGAAGAUCGCUACUUAUUGAAGAUGGUGCACUUCCAUGGAUUGUACAAAAUGCUAACAAUGAGGCCUCACCAAUCAGGCGCCAUAUUGAGCUUGCACUCUGCCAUUUAGCACAACAUGAAGUGAAUGCAAAGGACAUGAUUAGUGGAGGUGCCCUCUGGGAGUUGGUCCGAAUCUCACGAGACUGUUCACGUGAGGACAUAAGGACUCUUGCGCAUAGGACACUAAAUUCUAGCCCCACCUUCCAAACUGAAUUGAGGCGACUCCGUAUAGAGUGUUGAUGGAUAUUUGUGGAAUAUUUGAGGUUGGAAUGCAAGUGUGGAAGAUUGGAGAAGCAGCUUUUAAACUCAAGUUAGUGUGGGACAAACAAACAGGAAUGCUGUCAUCAGUGCCCCUGUUCAAGUUUUGUUAAGAGUGGGUGGGUAGGUUGGUGUUUGUAGCCUUUAUUUUUAGGUGAUUACAAAUGGACUCUUAUCUGUUAGUCAAUUUAUUAUCAUGUAAUUUCAUUUCUUGUAUGGAUAGGUUCGCCUUAGUGAGACCACUCCAAACUAAGCUUCUAACUAUUGUAUAAAUUAGUUUGUAUAUGAAAUGAAAAGAAGAGAAAAAAAGUAAAAAAAAUAAAAUAUGUAAUGUUGUGGUAUA